UAAAUUUAUUAAGUGGAAUUUUUUGUAUUGAUAUGCAUGAAACUCAUGAUUAAAAUUUUAUAAGUACCUUUUCUCACUUCAUAAUUUUCCAUGGAAUUUUAUUGAAAAUGUACGACUUAUUACAAUAUUUGCAAUUAAAUAUCGGCUCUCAAUUUAAUUUUAUCAGUAUCCGCAAGGGCGGCGCUAUUCAUGACUUUUAUGCCUAUGCAAAAAUUUUGCGCGUCUUGGUUUCCCGCCUCGUAUCACGGGUGAGACUAGUAACUUGGCGUCGAUAGCACAAUUUCGUCAACAUAAGAAUUUGAUUGCAUUUAGAGUUUGUUAACAGUGUUUUAUGUUAAACAGUUACACGAUACGUCGAUGCCGCAAACUAAAUAUCACAUUGUGCUCGAUUGAAAAAUUCAAUUUUUUCCGCCAUAUUAUGUACCUAUUAUGUACACGGAAGCUCAACUUUGAGCGCAGCGCGCCGGUUAUAAUUCGCCUGUACUUUUAAUUAAGUUUUUAUAUGCAUAAUGAUUGAUUGAUAGAUUUUUUCUAGUUAUCGAUAAUUACUCAAUGUUACAAAAGUCUUUAAAAACAAGUAAACAUUUUGCACUUUGAAAUAAAAAUGUUUAUAAUUCUUGACUAACCUACGCAGUUCAAAUUACUGCGUUUUAAUUUUACAACUCAAUUUUCGUUCAAAAGUAAUUAUAAUCAUAGCUAUUUACACCGACAACUACGAUCAUUUACGAUAAAAUGGAAGUUUAUAUAACGUCUAAACGCGAAGGAAAUGAAUUGGAAGUUACUGGUGUCUCCCGAAGUGGCAGGGUUUGUAAAAAAUCAUCUAAGCUUAUGGACUUUGAAUCUUCAAGUAAUAUAAUUGAAACAAAAGUUAAGAGGCCACGAUCUCAAACUGAUCAAAACAGAAAAAAAAAAAUUGAUCUACAAACUAAAGUUCGCCCUGACACUCCUGAAGUAACUCAAACUAUUCAUGUGGCUGAAAUUCAUCAACCACCAUCUUACAAAUUAACAAUAGCUUCUCCAAAUAGAAGUCCUCAAAUUUCUUCAUCAGCACAAAAAAAAAAGAAAAUUGAAUCAAGCUCGGAUUAUGAAACUCAAUCGCAAUCAACUUUGUCAGGAUCUGAAGAUGAAAAUGAUAAAAGUAUACAAUCUAAAAAAUCUGUUAGCAGUACCAUCAAAAUAGAUUCUUUAGAUUUGGAUAUUGAUGCUAUUGUAAGCGUUCCUAAAAAAACGCAACCGCCUAAAAAACUUGUGAAGACUCCUGCGCCUAUCAAAACUAUCACUAAAAUUAAAUGCAAACCAGUGUCACCACCUAAACAAAAAACUAGAUAUACUGCUUACAUGUUAUGGUCAAAAGAAACAAGGCAAAAAUUAUUACAAGAAUAUCCUAGUAUGGAUUUCACUGCAAUUUCUAAACGUCUUGGAGAACUUUGGGCUACUGUACCUAAUAGUGAAAAAUAUAAUUGGAGCAAUCGAGCAAAACGCCUAUCAGAAAAAAAUCAAAUCCUACCAACAAAAAAAUUUAUUUCCAAAACAACUCCUGUAAAGUCACCCUUAUCAAAUUCUUCAAAAAGAAAAAGUGAACAUACUCAGAUCUCUCCAUUAAAACAAAUACCUAUCAAUGAUAUUAUUAAAUCUAGAGAUGUAAUCAAAGAUCCUAUGAGAGAUGUGAAAAUCUUCAGAGCAAUUGAACUUGAACCAAUUGAUGUUGCAGCAUAUUUAAAGUUACUAGGGGAAAGCUUAACUGUGAUAGGAGAAAGAUUAAAAGAACAUAAUGGUCAAAUAACUGUAUCAGGCAGUCUUUCAGUUUUGCUAGAUUCUUUAUUAUGUGCUUUGGGUAGUUUAGUAUGUUUAACUCAGCAAGUCCCUGCGACUCGACGUGAAAAUAGUCUCUCUUUUACAAAAACAUUAGAGAAUAUAGCUUAUAUAAUGCCUGGAUUGUAAAUAAUUUUUUUCAAAGGAGUUUUGGAUUUAAUAGUAUUAUUGAAAAUAUUUAUUUUUAUGUGUAUCAAAUUGACAUAAGUACAUUUUUAUCUAGACAUCACUUUCUGUUGAUAUUAGUGUAGAAAAUAAGUUACAAGUUUAUUGUGCAAUAAUAAAUAAUGUAUAGAUUGAUUUUAAAUUAAAGAUUUGUGAUAAAA